CUUCCUGUGUCGUAACCCUUGUUUAUUAUCGGCUAGCCUAUCUGUCAAAAUAUUUGCUAGUUGGCAACAAUAUCAUCAAUGAAAUCUUUUCUCGACAAGAUUACUUAGACAUGUCAUGAAGCGUCUGAGCUAUCGAUUUGGAAAUAUGGUUCGAAAAUGAAAUUCAACACGGAUCAAAAUUGUCUAGCGGCAUCAAGAACAGACGAUUUUUUAACAUCAACAAGUUAGCGUACACAGCAGAAAUUGAGCUUGCUCGUUAACGCAGUAGAUAGCCUCGCUAUUUUCAGCAAGCUCUACAGGGCUUUGCAAGCAAAUGAAUUAAGGAAACAGAGGCGGGGUUACUUGUUUUGACCUAGCUUUAUAUAGAUAGAAAUAUACACCGUUUUGUUUAAAACUCGGCCUUGAACAGUUGCUACAGAUGGCCUGCAAUUUUCUGACAACGGACGAGGCGUCUCCCGCUUCUCUCACGGACCUGUGUCUGUCGUACAUGACCUGCAACCUCGAGCGCUUCUGUGUGAAACAGGCAGACGGCUCGCUCUGUCUUCGGGAGUCCCUGGUCUUCCCGCAGGAGCUCGCGGACCAGCUGCUGGCUAAAAUGGCCACGGAAGGGCUGCUGAAUGACAGCACGGUGGGGGUGUUUCGGAGCUGUGAGUACUUGCGUUUGAGGCGAGCGUGUAUCCGCACGGCGAGGAUCUCUGCAGAGGCGUUCCAGCGAGCGCUCUGCCCUCACAGGCUGCUGGAGCUGGACGCGGCCAGGGUCAACGCAGACCUCACCAUCGAUGACAUACUGCAGGGGCUCGCCACCAACAAACACUGCCAGGAGAGCCUGCAGCGUCUGGUCCUGACUGGUCUGACCAUGUCCUCCCUGGAGGAGCCAGGCCACCAUGGCUUCAGCUCCCUGCCCGCCCUGCGCUCGCUGUCCCUGGCCAGCGUGGACUUCUACGACGCGGGGCUGGUGGACGUGUGCUCCCUGGCCCGGCUGGAGAGCCUGGACCUGUCUAACACCUCCGUCACCAACCUGACGCCCCUGCUGGGGCUGAAGGCCCGGCUGCGUUCGCUCACCCUGCACCAGAUGAAGAGACUGGAGAUGAGCACCGCUCAGCUGCUGGCUGUCAUAGGGCAGCUGGACGCCCUGCAGCACCUGGACAUCAGUGAUGAUAAGCAGUUUACGUCUGAUGUGGCACGGCAGCUGCUGUGCCAGCCUGGCAUCCUGCCCAACCUGCUGUCCCUGGACGUGUCUGGCAGGAAGCAGGUGACUGAUGCGGCGGUAAAGGCGUUUGUGGAGGAGAGACCUGGGAUGACCUUUGUGGGGCUUCUGGCCACAGACGCAGGCUUCUCCCCCUUCCUGUCCGGAGAGGGCAACCUGCAGGUGACCGGAGAGGCUAAUGAAUCCCAGAUCUGUGAGGCGCUGCGGCGCUACAGUGAGAGGGAAGGCUUCGUGAGAGAGGCACUCUUCCACCUGUUCAGCCUCACACACAUCAUGGAGAAACCACGGCCAGACAUCCUCAAGCUGGUGGUUCUGGGCAUGACCAACCACCCUGCCACCCUGAACGUCCAGCUGGCAGCCAGUGCGUGUGUGUUCAACCUGACCAAGCAGGACCUGGCGGCGGGCAUGCCUGUCAAACUGCUGGGCACCGUCACACAGCUACUGCUGGCUGCCAUGACGACCUUCCCCAACCACCAGCAGCUGCAGAAGAACUGCCUGCUGUCUCUGUGCAGCGACAGAGUCUUACAGGAGGUGCCUUUCAACAGGUUCGAGGCAGCCAAGCUGGUAAUGCAGUGGCUGUGUAACCAUGAGGAUCAGAACAUGCAGAGGAUGGCUGUGGCUAUCAUCUCCAUCCUGGCAGCCAAGUUGUCUACAGAGCAGACGGCCCACUUAGGAGCAGAGCUGUUCAUAGUGAAGCAGCUGCUUCACAUCGUGCGUCAGAAGGCGUCCCAGGGCGUGGUGGACGCCACCCUGAAGUUCACACUGAGCGCGCUCUGGAACCUCACAGACGAAUCACCAACCACCUGCCGCCAUUUUAUAGAAAACCAGGGUCUGGAUCUGUUCAUCACCGUUCUAGAGUCCUUCCCUACAGAGUCCUCCAUCCAGCAGAAGGUUCUGGGGCUACUGAACAACAUAGCGGAGGUAGGAGAGCUGCACAUGGAGCUGAUGGUGCAGGGCUUCCUGGAUCACCUGCGCUCCCUGCUGCACAGCCCGGAGGUGGAGGUGAGCUACUUUGCAGCAGGGAUCCUAGCCCACCUCACCUCCCGGGGCGAGCGGGCCUGGGGCCUGGGUCUGGAGCUGAGGAACGCCAUGCUGGAGCAACUGCACUCUGCCAUCCUGAAGUGGCCAACUCCAGAAUGUGAGAUGGUGGCCUACAGGUCUUUUGGUCCAUUCUUCCCCCUGCUGGAGUGUUUCCACACUCCUGGAGUGCAGCUGUGGGCAGCCUGGGCCAUGCUGCACGUCUGCAGCAAGAAUGCGGCGCGGUACUGCAGCAUGCUGCUGGAGGAGGGCGGUCUGGAGGGGCUGCGGAGGGUGCACACGCACCCCGACACACACCCCGACGUCAGGGGCCUGGUAGACAGCAUCCUGCUCAACCUGCACACACACGCAGCACGCACCGGCCAGCACACACACACAGAGAGCCAAGCCCCCUAACCUCAUCCAGACCUUGUUUAAAACUCAUCCAGCCAUCCUCCAGACCUCGUCCAAACAUCCCCCAGACCUCAUCCAAACAUCCUCAAGACUUCAUCCAAACAUCAUCCAGACUUCGUCCAAACAUCCCCCGGACCUCAUCCAAACAUCCUCAAGACUUCAUCCAAACAUCAUCCAGACUUCAUCCAAACAUCCCCUGGACCUCAUCCAAACAUCCUCAAGACUUCAUCCAAACAUCAUCCAGACUUCGUCCAAACAUCCUCAAGACUUCAUCCAAACAUCAUCCAGACUUGGUCCAAACAUCGGCACACUCACCCCAGAGUCUGAAGGCUGUGCGAGUGUCUUCACAUGUAUAAUAUGUAUAUAUGUGUGUGUGUGUGUGUGCUGUUCAGUUAGGGCUCAGGGUGAGAGAGACUGUUGAGGUCAGCUGUUCACCAGGGUGGAGAGACACCCCCUCACAGCAGCAGAUAAGCUAGUGACCGUGCAUGAUGGUGUUAGUGUGUGACGCAUGCUGGUGUUUCUGUGAAUGUUCCUCCUCUCCUGGGAAUGUUUGUUCUCAUAUCAGAGUUCCUACCCACCCUACGUGGUCAGUCGUGUCUACAGAGGACUCCAGUGGCAAUAAACAGCCAACUAUAGCUGUGUAGACCUGUGUUUGAGAGAGACAGACGUGUGUGUGUGUUGGGGAUGAAAGCUUGUGACUUUAUACACUACAGUCAGCAGCACAAUGAACUGUGUGUGUGCGUGCGUAUAUAUUUAUCUCGAUAGCGUGGUAAAUAAGAAACUGUUGCUGAGACGGUGUUAAGUGUCGCACGAAAACUGUUCUUUUAGUCCAAACACAGCCUAAAGGAACCGGUGCACUUGAUUCGAGUCACCUACAGUGCAGCCCAUGGAUGGAUCAGCCCCAUACGAGCCGGCUGCAACACUGAUCAAACGCUCCUCAACUGAGAGCUGUCAGCACCAUGACACCUUCCUGUUGACUGACUGUGGGCGGAGCAGGAAGCCAUGUUGCUGCUGUGGUCAGGGGUGAUAUAAUAAAGAACAGACUUAUUGAUGGUG